CUUAUCAUACCUCAUCUUCCCCUUUCAUCAUCUCAUCUCUCAUAUCAUCUCAUCUCGGACAGCAGCUCUCAUCUUGUAGCUACUCUUCCGUCAUGGCAUCGUCUUCCACCUCGACCCCGACCCGUCCCCUUGUCCUUCACUCCCCUGCCGCAAGGAUUUCUAUCCUCGUCCCCGCCUCUCCUCUAUCUGCCUGGGUAGAGUCUGAGGUCCUAGCUCAGGACUUUCAUGACUCUCGACUCGGUCUAGACGAUGCUGCCAUCGUUAACGAACCAGAUGACGAAGCCUUGAAUUUGCCCGUCUCCAACGAACCCCAGGUCAAGCUCCUCGCUCGAUUCCUCUCAUUCGUCGCCGACAAGGUUUCUGGCGCCCAUGGUUCCGAGACUUGCCAAGUCCUCCUUGCCUCUUACAACCGUUUCAAUGAGCUCUUCCUCUCCACUAUUAACAUCCACUCUCUGGUCCAAUCCUUCGAACCGGAGGCCCGUGCGGAGAUCCUCACCGCCUACUUCAAGGCUUUUGACACGGCGAGAUCGCUGCUUGGACCUCAGCAAGUGCGGCUCGCUCAUCCCUCGGCCCUUCUUGAGGCUGCAAAGACUGGUAGUGCUGAGCUCUACGGUGUAUUUGGAGGGCAAGGUGUUAACGAAACCUACUUUCUCGAGCUUCAAUACCUGUACAGCGUAUACUCUCCCUUCGUGUCCGCGCUCGUGUCACGUAUCACUAGCGAAGUGCUCUUGCCCCUCGGCGCCAAGGCCGAGUCUGAUAACCACGCCUAUUACACUGAAGGUCUUGAUCUCGCAGCUUGGUUGAACGGCUCGAAACCCUCUCCCACCACUCCAUACCUCGCUUCCAUCCCCUUGUCCCUUCCUCUUAUCGGCGUGGUACAGCUUUUGCAGUAUGUCGUCUCCUGUCGUGUCACAGAUCUUACUCCUGGCGAAAUGCGAGACCUGUUCAAAGGCGCGACCGGUCAUUCUCAAGGUAUCGUCUCCGCUGUGGCCAUUGCCGCAUCUGCGACUUGGGCCGCGCUGGACGAGAACAUCCUCAAGGCUGUGAAACUUUUAUUCUACAUCGGUCUUCGUGGUCAAGAAGGUUUCCCUCUCUUGUCGGUCGAACCUCAGAUCGUCGCAGACUCCGUGGCGAAUAACGAAGGGGUCCCGACUCCAAUGCUCGCCGUGAACGGCCUGAGCCUGAAGGCACUGGAGGGACACUUGAAGAAGGUCAAUGCUCAUCUCCCCGAUAACUCCAAAAUCGGUGUUUCUUUACACAACGCCCCGACGAUGUUUGUCGUUACCGGUCCGGCAAGGGCUCUGUACGGUUUGGCGACUGCCCUUCGUCGUGUCAUGGCCCCUCCGGGCUUGGAUCAAAGCAAGACGCCGUUCUCGAAGCGAAAAGCUGUUUUCAAUAUGCGCUUCCUCCCCAUAAAUGUUCCUUAUCAUAGCGCAUACUUGCAAGGAUGUACCAAGCUGGUAGUCGAGAAUGAUCUAGCGGGCGAAGAAUUAUGGUCUGGGAAGGAUUUGGCUUUGACGAUAUAUCACACCGAAGAUGGAUCUGAUGUGCGUUCCUCUGCGACGAUCACUGCCGCUCUCUGUGAUCAGAUUUUCACUCAGCACAUUCAUUGGGGUGUCGCUUGCAACUUUCCCCCCACUGCUACGCAUUGUGUUGAUUUUGGUCCAGGUGGCAAUAGUGGUGUCGGGUACCUUGUUGCACGCGUCGUGGAAGGACGUGGUGUGCGCGUGGUGGUGGUCGGUGAGAAGGGCAAGGCCGCUGCUGAGCUGUAUGAUGCGAUAAAGGUGAAGCGUGAACCGGUAUGGGCACACGAGUGGAGUCCGAAACUGGUGCGCACUUUGGAUGGAAAGGUGCACAUCGACACUGCAUUUUCCCGUAUGCUGGGCAAACCACCGAUCAUGGUAGCGGGUAUGACACCCACCACCGUUGGUUCGAGUCUGGUUUCUGCGACCCUCAACGCCGGUUAUCACAUCGAGCUCGCUGGUGGUGGGCACUACAAUCCGAAUGCAUUGCGCUCCAAAGUGGCCGAAAUCCAAAAGCGAGUCAAGCCUGGAGUCGGUCUCACUCUCAACGCUCUGUACAUCAACCAAAGGCAGUUUAGCUUUCAGUUUCCCCUCUGGCAGGAAAUGCGUCGUGAAGGACUGCCCAUCGAGGGGUUCUGUGUGGCUGCGGGUAUCCCUAGUUCCGAGAAGGCUACAGAAAUCAUAACUGCUCUGAAAGCUGUCGGGAUCAAACAUAUCGCUUUCAAGCCCGGCUCCGUCGAAGGCAUCCGGCAAGUCAUCAACAUCGCGGCAUCCAACCCAGAUUAUCCUAUCAUACUGCAAUGGACGGGCGGCCGAGCUGGUGGGCAUCAUAGCUGUGAAGAUUUUCACCAACCCAUCAUCGCCACCUACGCCAGCAUCCGUCAACAUCGAAACAUAUCUCUGGUUGCUGGAUCAGGCUUUGGCGGAGCUGACGAUGUGUGGCCAUAUAUUUCAGGCGAAUGGGCGGUGGAGAUGUUCAACCUUCAACCAAUGCCCUUCGACGGCGCGUUGUAUGCCAGUCGUAUGAUGGUCGCCAAAGAAGCCGAUACGAGUAGGUCCGUGAAGCAGCUUAUCGUGGAGGCCCCUGGUGUAGACGACGCUGCAUGGGAAGGUACCUACGACAAACCCACAGGCGGAAUCCUCACUGUCCGUUCCGAACUCGGCGAGCCGAUUCAUAAAAUCGCGACUCGUGGUGUCAAGCUCUGGCGCGAGUUCGAUGAUACUGUCUUUUCUCAGCCAAGGGAGAAGCGGGCUGCCUGGUUGGAGGUUAAGAAAGAUUAUGUCAUCGAGCGGCUGAACAAGGAUCAUCAAAAGCCUUGGUUCGGUCAAAAGGCGGACGAAAGCGUCGUCUCCGACAUCGGUCAAAUGACUUACGAAGAGAUCACUCGACGUAUGCUUCGGCUUAUGUAUGUCACGAAUCAGAACCGUUGGGUUGACGUCUCCCUCCGUAACCUCGUCGGCGACUGGUUGCGUCGUGUCGAGGAGCGAUUUGCUGGAGUCGACGGAACACGAACCAAAGAGUCCCUAAUCCAGUCCUUUGCUGCCCUCGAUUCUCCCGCUCCCACCAUCGACGCAUUCUUCUCGACCUAUCCCCGUGCUAGAUCUCAACUGGUCGCUGCCGAGGACCAUGCAUUCUUCUUGACCAUCUGUCAGCGUCCGUCGCAAAAGCCGGUACCAUUCAUUCCUAUUCUUGACAACAACUUCGAGGUCUGGUUCAAGAAGGACUCCCUCUGGGCGUCUGAAGACAUCGACGCCGUAUUCGAUCAAGACCCUCAGCGCGUAUGCAUCCUCCAGGGUCCCCUAGCGGCAAAGCAUUCCACGGUGGUGGACGAGCCUGUGGCGGACAUUCUUGGCAAUAUUGAAGCUCUGCUGGUACGAAAGGUUCUCGACAAGUACUACGGCGGGGACGAAAGCAAGGUCCCGAAGAUCGAUUACAUCGGUGCCAAGCCUGUCAGGCAGAGUCAAAUCACCGUCGAAGACAGAUUGCAAGGAGAUGCUCGCACUCUCACCAUCGGCUCUAUCGUUCCUUCGGUGGAUGAGUGGCUGGAAACCGUCGCUGGUCCGGAUGUCAGCUGGUUGCGUGCCGUCCUGACUACCGUCAAUAUUGUGCGAGGCACGAGUCAUGUCAGCAAUCCCUUCCGCCGUAUCUUUACCCCUCGCGCCGGUCAGUCCGUCGAGAUCAGAACAGCUGAAGGAGUAGUCCAAUCGGUGACCUUGAGCGGCAGCGCACGAUCCUCUGGCCCACACCCUGCCGACUUCAAGGCUGUGGAGAUGUCGUAUGAUACCAAAACUCGCAAGAUUUCGCUCGUCAUGAACGAAGAGCGACGUGGCUACGCUGUUCCCCUGUAUUUCGAAUUCAUUUACAAGCCCGAAAUGGGUUAUGCCCCUAUUCACGAAGUCGUUGAAGGUAGGAACGACCGUAUCAAGGACUUCUACUGGCGCCUGUGGUUCGGUGACGACCAGAAGCUUCCACAACUCAGCGUGAACUCGGUCUUCAGUGGCGAAGACAUUGUCGUCGUACCUGAAAUUGUACAACGUUUCUGCGAUGUGAUCGGUAAUCAGGGAGAAAGCUUCAAGUCCGCUCGCAACGAGAAGAUCAUGGCACCUAUGGACUUCGCCAUUGUUCUGGGUUGGCAGGCGAUCAUGAAAGCUACUUUCCCUCAGGACAUCGACGGCGACUUGCUUAACCUCGUCCAUCUCUCAAACGGCUUCCGAAUGAUGGACGGUGUGACCCCGCUGCGGGCUGGCGAUCGAUGUUCAGCCGAAGCUCGUGUAGCUGCGGUCAUCAUAAGUGAUAGCGGCAAAACGGUCACCGUCAAGGGAUAUGUCCUCCGCGGAGGCGAGCCCGUUAUCGAGGUCACUUCGUCUUUCUUAUACCGUGGUCAGUUCAAAGACUUCGAAAACACUUUCCAGAUCAUCGACGAAACCGACCACGUGGUCACACUUGACCGAGCUACAUCUAUCGGUGUCCUACAGUCUAAACCCUGGUUCGAAUGGGACGAUGAUUCGAUUCCUCUUGAUGUCGGUACAACUCUGACCUUCAAAACGAAAUCGGAACUCCGCUACAAGGAUAAGACUACUUUCAGCUCGAUCAGGGUGACGGGAGCUGCAUUCGUUCGAAGCAGCACAAAGAAGUUGGUGCAGGUCGCAACAGUCGAGUAUGAAGCACACAACUUGCAUGGUAACCCCGUCGUCGAAUAUCUCAAACGACAUGGCAAGCCUGUCGGACUUCCGGUACCACUGGAAACUGGUGGAUACUCGCUUAUCACCGAUGCGAGUUCUGCCAGGUACAUCACGCCAGCGACCAAUGAGCCUUACUCCAAGAUCUCGGGCGACUUCAACCCCAUUCACGUGAACCCCUAUUUCUCCGACUUGGCUUCACUUCCCGGUACCAUCACACACGGCAUGUGGAAUAGCGCUGCCACUCGAAAAUAUCUCGAAACUACCGUCGCAGACAACCACCCCGAACGAGUCGUAUCAUAUGAAGUCGGCUUUGUCGGCAUGGUACUCCCUGGUGAUGAGAUCAGCGUCAAGCUCACUCACAUCGCCAUGCGCGACGGGAACAAGGUCGUGAAGGUGGAAGCCUUCAAUCAACACGGAGACAAGGUCCUUGACGGUCUUUCCGAGGUUCAGCAGCCUCCCGCAGCGUAUGUUUUCACUGGUCAGGGGUCGCAGGAGGUUGGCAUGGGUAUGGAACUUUACAACACUUCACCUGUCGCUCGUGCUGUUUGGGACGCCGCGGACGCACACUUGACUUCGGUAUAUGGCUUCUCAAUUGUCGACAUUGUCAAAAACAACCCCAAGGAGAUCACUAUCCACUUCGGUGGUAUAAAGGGGCAAGGUAUCCGACAGCGAUACAUGGAGCUGAUGUACGACACGAUCGAUGAGGAGGGCAAAAUGCAUUCACAACCUCUCUUCAGCGAUAUCGAUCUGUACACCACGAGCUAUACCUUCUCUCACCCCCAAGGGCUGUUAUUCGCCACCCAAUAUACUCAGAUCGCCCUCGUCGUCACUGAGAAAGCCGCCUUCGAUGAUAUGAAAUCGAAGGGAUUAAUCGAUCAUAAUGCUUCCUUUGCUGGGCAUUCCCUCGGCGAGUACUCUGCCCUUGCUGCGAUUGCCGAUGUCCUCCCCAUCUCAAGUCUCGCCGACGUCGUCUUCUACCGCGGUAUCACGAUGCAGCGCGCUGUUCACCGUGACGCUAAUGGGAAAUCCAACUACGCCAUGAUGGCUUGCAAUCCUUCUCGAGUUGGCAAGACCUUCAGCGAGGAAGCUUUACGUGAGAUUGUGGACGCUAUCAGCAUUCAGAAGUCAAUCCUUCUUCAAAUCGUCAAUCUCAAUGUCGCCAAUCAGCAAUACGUCUGUGCCGGUGAACUUCGUGCUCUUGCGUGUCUCACGAAUGUUCUUAACAUGCUGAAGGCUCAGAAGAUCGACUUGGAGAAGCUGUCGACCAUGAUGAGUGUGGACGAGCUGAAAGGCAAGCUUGCGGAGAUCAUUGAUGGGUGCUGGGAUCUAGUCAUCGAGAAAGAAGGUAAAGACGGGCAAGUCAUUUUGGAGCGUGGAUUCGCUACCAUUCCUCUGCCCGGGAUCGAUGUCCCUUUCCACUCUCGCUACCUCUGGGGCGGUGUCAUGGCUUUCCGUAACUACCUAAUGAAGAAGAUCGAUCCGAAACAAUUGGACCCGGACCGACUGGUGGGCAAGUACAUCCCCAAUUUGCUGGCUGAACCUUUUGAAGUUAGCAAGCGAUAUGUCCAGACGAUCUUCGACCAGACGAGUUCGCCGAGGAUGGAAGUUAUACUCAAGAGCUGGGAAGAGGACGGGUGGGAUACUGCUGGCAAGCGUCAGCGCUUAGCUUAUGAUAUCCUGACUGAAUGUCUAGCUUACCAGUUUGCUUCACCCGUCCGUUGGAUCGAAACCCAGGAUGUCCUUUUCUCUUUGGCCAAAUUCGAGCGAUUCAUAGAAAUCGGUCCCAGCCCGACAUUGUCCGGUAUGGCUUCUCGAACUCUCAAAGCCAAGUACGAAGCCCAAGAUGGUGCAAUCUCACUUAAGCGUGAGAUUUACUGUCACGCCAAAAACCAGCGCGAGGUGUACUAUCUUUUCGAGGAUGCGCCGGAAGAAACUACUCCGUCCGAACCUUCUCCCAGUGCAUCUGCUCCUAUCGCCCCUGCUAAUUCCGCUCCAGUGGCUGCUACCCCGGUCGUGGCCUCCUCUGCUGGACCCGCUGCCGCCGUCGAAGAUGCCCCACCCAAAGCUGUCGAUACGGUCCGAAUAAUCGUCGCUCAGAAACUCAAGAAAAUGGCGUCGGAAAUCCCGCUCAGCAAGUCUCUCAAGGAACUAUCCGGUGGAAAGUCGACCUUGCAGAAUGAAAUCCUUGGUGAUCUUCAAGUAGAAUUCGCAUCUGCUCCUGACAAAGCCGAAGACCUGCCACUGGACGAACUCGGUGCUGCACUCAACGUCGGAUAUUCUGUCCUCGGCAAGCACGCACAAGCGUUGACGAACCGCAUGAUCUCUUCCAAAUUCCCUGGUGGCUUCAACAUCUCUGUAGCGCGUGCCCAUCUCAACAAACAAUGGGGUCUGGGACCACUCCGUACGGACUCGGCGUUAUUCUUUGGUAUUCUUGCCGAACCACCAAAACGUAUGGGCUCUGAAGCGGAAGCGAAAGCGUUUUUGGAUUCUUUGGCUCAAAGCUAUGCUUCGUACGCUGGUGUGUCUCUGUCAACUGGAGGAAGUGGUGGUGGUUCUGCCGGUGGUGGAGGUGGAGGAGCAGUGAUGAAUUCCGAGGAGUUUGACAAGUUUGUCCUCAAGCAGGAGGAGCAUAUGCAAAGGGAGAUUGAGUUGUUGUCUCGUUACCUCGGAAAGGAUGUGAGGGCGGGUGAUAAACGUGCAGAUGAAGAAAAGGUAUCCGCGGAGAAGCUACAAGCUAUGCUUGAUGCAAUCAAGAUGGAACAUGGUGACGCCUAUAUCGAAGGUAUCACCCCUGUCUUCUCUGCUCUCAAAGCGCGUACGUUUGAUAGUUCGUGGAAUUGGGUCAGACAGUCGUCUAUUCAAUUGUUCUAUGAUAUCAUUCAUGGUGAUUUGGAUCCGAGUAUGGUGUUCAAUGAUGAGCCACGUUACAGGCCCAAUACCCGUUCAUAGAUAUGUUUAGGUACAAGUAGAUAUCAAGAGGUUUAAAGUUUAGACAAUGUACAUAUCAAAUGGGGACAUCAUGCAUUCUUUCUGAC